GCACAUGAGCAAUGCUAACCAUCAGAAUGGUAAUUAAUAAGCAAGCACAUGAGUGAUGCCACAUGGGACUAGUAAGUUGGGUUGUUGACUGCCCCAAGUGAAGGUGCUAGCCUUGACAUGCUUCAGUGUCCUAGAAUGUGCAGUUUCAAAAGUCAGUUUUGAGUAUUUGACACUUUCACCACAAAAAAACGUAUUUUGAGCUGCUAGCAGAUAUCUGCUUUUCUAUAACUGAUACUGUCUUAGAUCUUGCCUUUCCGGCUUCAUACCAGUAAAUACUCAUUGAAAUAAAGCACGGCCAACCAAACUUAUUUACUUUGCUAGAUCUGACAAUUUAUUAUAUCUAUGUUAGCUAUAUCGAGGCUCAAGUUUAUACCUUUUCCGUUACCUCACAAAACGCAACCCAACAAACUGUGUAACAAAAGCAUGACAUAUAUCAAAUUCUGGAUAGAAUGACUAAACUCCGACUUGAUACUGAGAUGGUUAAAAUGACAAUAAAAUUGUAUUAAAUGCUUCCUGAUGAGAAGCAAACACCCGUGCACUAACAUAAAACACCACACAGAAGACGCAAAGCCUCCUUAACAAAAAGACUUUUUUAAAAACCUGCCACAUUGAGUACUGUUAAAGCAUGGCUCUACUGCGCCAACAGAGGCAGUAAAUAGAAUUUCGCUACACAAUAACAGAAAAAAUACACAAUGCAAAAAGUCGCAGUUUCGCCCGUAAGGCGAAGCAUAAAAAAAAAAUAAGAUCUGGGGUUUUGCCUGCCAAAACUACGAUGUCAUUAGGAGGCACACCGUAGUGGAUGGCUGCGGUUAAUUUUAACCGCCUGCUGGGCUUCUUUAACGGGCACCCAGUGAAUGGUACAGGGGCGUUUCUUGCAUUUCGCUCUCGUCAAAGGCGAAGCACUGAUAGCGAUCGCAAAAUAUUAGGCUUCGCUAACAAAUUAAAUUAACAAGCAGUGUGUCACGCGCGCACAGGCAAGCAUCUCACUCGACGACCACGAAACCAAAACACUCGCUGUCACCACAGAAUGCUGACACAACGUUAGUGGGCUGGCUAGAACAACGCUGGCGUGAUGAGGAGCGUAACCUGCUGCUUGGGCUAGUUGGCACUGAAACCAUCUUGCCGUUCGCGAUUUCCCACCUAUCGAUCUGCUGAUCAAAUGCAGAUGAAGACACGGUGGAUGAAGGCGCGCGGAAACCCUGCAUCCAUACAGCUGCAUCGAGCCAGUACAAGCCGAAAUCCCAGCCGCUCAACACAAUCAGCUGAACGAGGAUCCAAGGAUGGGGCCGAAUGGAAUCCAUGGGGAGAAGAGCUGAGCCGGAGCAACUCGUCACAUCUGGCCCACACAAUUGAGAUAUGGGGCAAAGCAGCCAUAGGCUUGUAUCUGUGGGAACACAUCUUCAAUGGCAAGUUGGAGCAAAAGGGAGAUGGAGCAUGGAGCUAUGGCUUCAGGAAGGUUGGCAACCUCAAGUUCAAGUUUAGGACUGGCCCAUGGAUUGUGCCGACGACAGUGCCCCAGGAUGUGACGCACGUUGUCUUGGUGCUGAAUGGACGGGAGCCAACCAAGGUGGCAGCAGCCCGGAUGUGGCUGGACGCUCUGCCCACCUUCCGCCGACUCAAAGGAGUCGCUGUAGUCCUAUUGGGCGAUGAGGCCUGCUCUGGAAACACGUGGCUGCUGCCUUACCUGAAGUCGCGUGGUGGCAGGGUGUCAGCUGCAUUCAUUGUCUACGACACGCCCCUGGUGGAUGAUAUCGAGGUCUUCCAGUGGCCCCUGGGUGUUGCCACGUAUCGUGGGUUCCCCAAGGCCCCCAGCACACUCCUGGCAUCUGAGAGUCAACGCCCUUAUCCGUGCAACUUCGUGGGCACUGUCUAUCCAGGAUCAUCGCGGGAAGAGUUGCUGCGUGUUCUGGGAGAUCGCGGCGCCCCCUGCUACUUGAACACGCGCAACGAGUGGCGGCCCCUGGAAACCAAGGAGUCGCUAGAGUCAUAUCUAUUGGCUCUCAAGCUGAGUGAUGUCACACUAAACCCGGCAGGCAAAAAUCCAGAGUGCUACCGCAUUUACGAAGCGCUGGAGUUUGGCUCACUGCCCGUGCUGGAGGACAGGACGCUGUCGCCGGGUUGUGCUUGUGCAGACGAUGCCAACGGAACCUUCCGUCUGCUCAAGAAGCAUAAGGCUCCGCUCGUGUAUGUCAAAAACUGGACGGAGGAAUUGAUGCCCAUCCUGGAGAGGGAGGUCGCCAUGAAACCCAAGGAGCAGACAGAGAGAAGGCAGGCCCUGGUGUCAUGGUACACGUCUUUCAAGCGCGCCAUGCGAGACAGGUUCAUACGAGUGCUGACAGACAAAUUCUUCAUCGAGGAGAUCAAUGAUACAUGACGAAAAUUGAUGAUGCGCAGCAUCUAUGACAUGCUAAGGACUAUGGUCUUGUCCUGGUGAUCGUGCAUGCGACGGUCCAUGAAAACUAAAUGAUGCAUAGCAUCGAGCAAGCACCAAGGCCUGCAGCUUCAUCCCAGUGGUAGUGGAAAUGCUGGCACAUACAAAUGCAACAGUGGUGGACACAAUGCCAAGCAUGACUCCAUGUGCUGCACGGUGCCAGUUGUUCUACUUUUGGUGAGAACUCAACAACGCCAGUAUCAGCUCAAAGGGCAGACAAACUGAAACGCGUCUAAAUAGCAGUAUGACAUCUGCUUGGAGUUCUUGCCACAAAUCAUGCACGUCAUCCGUGGCAAAAACUUCUGUGUAUGUGUGCAGCUAUCUCUCUGGUGAAAGUGUCAACUCAGUGUGCCAACUACGAGUCAUCCAUAGAAAUCAUCAAAUGUAAAUAAGCUUGGCUUUGUUGGACAAGGUGCUGAUUGUUCGUACUGUGCCAUAUGGCGACUUUCAACGAGUAAUUUCUGCAAUUCAGGAGCAGACUUUUAACUUCUCUGUCAAGAUUUUAGUCACAAGGGUGACCACGCUGCUGCAAGUGGCUGUGAACCUCAUGGACUGCACCAGGAAAUGUAUGUGUACAUUGUUGUAGCUUUGACGAGGCAGCCGGACGGAGGACCUACGGCAUGAAGUCUAAACGGCCGGGACGCGCAGUGCCGCAGAAAAGAGCCGGACUGCUCAAGUCGGGGACCAGACAAAGAAUUACUUUAUUCCAGCGAGGGGAAACGCAACAGGUGUCGUUACGGUGUUUGGCGCUGAGUGGCGCCCUGACGUAACCGAUUCGAAACCGAAACUGGAAGCCGACACAGGAUAUUACAUACAUCAACUCAGUUACUGAAAGCAUCAGUAAGACUCAAUCAGUGUGAAAUGUCUAUACUGUCUGCAACCUUCUUGCUAGUCUUAUGUUCUCUAAACGGUCAGUGAUCAUCUAGUAUUGUUCAGAACUGGUGUUCCACUGUGAUGUGAAAAGAGCGCAAUUCACUGGUCAUUUAUACUGUGAGACGAAGGCUGGCUGGGCCACAGAUGGUUUAUUCAAAUCAAAGCACCGUCACAUUCCUUGAAUAAGGAAUGCGCUAUAAGUAUGUGCGUGUGAUAAUGAUGGUGCACGUGCAGACUGCUCAAUAUAUUACUGAGGCAGCACAUUGUACGGACACUGCAAGCGCAUUUGCGCCACAGGUGUUGUUGUGAUGUCCUGCUAUCAAUAACGCAUGGCGGUCCAGGUGUGAAGGAUUAGGAAGCCUCUAGAAACAGGAAGCAACAUUCUUAUGUUAUUUUCAGUUUGAAAGCUCCUCCCAAGCAGCGCACGGGAAAGCAGUCCCUUUUUGUUUCCACUCACAGUGUGGCACUAAUGCCACUUUCUGCCUGGAGAGAGUGUGCUCAGUAGCCAUCGCUGCUAAACCUCAUCCACCAUCAUGGUGGGAAUCAACACGUAGAAUUCAAAUUUGUGGACUUUUUUAGUUGUCAGGUAAUAACUUCAGUCUCGGAGUUAACAGUUAGCAUCAUCAAUACGGGUGAGAUAGAGAGCAGGGUUGAAGCAAGGUCAAGAAAAACUGCAGUAUUUUACUUGCUUCGUACUUUAUCCAUCACAUCGCAUUUGCAAUGUUUAUCCUGGAUAAUGUAAUGUCGGUUUGCAUUGCACUUUAAGUGUUUCUUGCGAAGAAUGGGCGCUCGUAGAGAAAAGAGAAGGAAGGUGAGGUUCAAGCAAGCUCUCGAUUUUCAAGUCUGUCUCUCACAUUUUUAAUACAAACAUAAAGAAAAGCUAGAGCAAUGUUCCGUUCUGGUUUGAGAACACAGUUGUGAAAUUCUGCACUCGGUUAUUGGCACUUGGAACACAGAACAGACUAGAUUUAGACUAGACACGUAGUACACAUAUUAGACAGCUAAGAAUUUCACUUAGUAUGAAGUGCGAAGGAGCAAUUCACAUGGGGUGACUUGGUGCAGUGUAAACAGGGUCUUUUGUCUUUGGGUGAAACCCAAAAACUCCCAAUUUUUGUACCUUAGAUAAAAUUUGAUGAAAAUUGGUUUAAACCCAAUUUCUACUCAAAGCUUGCACUUUCGUGAAAAAUAAUUAUAACAAUAGGUGCUACAAAACUAAUGAACACUGCCUGCACUCUGUGAGCAAGAGGUAACGAUAUGUAAUAUACCUAGUAAGUAUUAUUAUGGAUACAAUAAUACCCUCCUGCUUGGUCUUCGGACAGACAGACUAGACAGAAUAUUUAUUUCACUGCAUAAAAAUCAACAAAAAUUGAAUUCAUUCACACUUGGUUCGAUAUGUGGAAGUGAUGGCUACUGAAGACAAGCUUUCUUAUUUGCAACGGAAACUUUCUCACUGUUUUGAAACCAUGUAUUCACGUCUCCUGCAUAGAGGUGCAUGCAUGUAAGUAUGACAAAAUUCAGCACACGGCAUCUAAAGUGGCCGUAUAUCCUGCACAUUGAAGCCGAGCAAGGUUUUAUCAUUCCUACUCAUCUAACACUAUCAACGAAAAUGGGACCUUCUUUCAAAGGAACUGAAACUGCUUUGUUUACUAUAUAUUUGUAAAAUCUGUCAUAUCUUUGGUAAGAUGCUUGAGGCAUCCUUGCUUGAAGCUUCUGUUCACUGUCAGAUGCAAAUCACUGCCAACAACUGGAGAGCUCUUGUCCUGGAUGCAGGAAGGGCAUGCUGUGGUCUUGCUGAGCUUGUGCACCACAUAGCCUGAAAGUAAAAUAUAGGAUACCAUCAUCUACUACUACUUUGAAGUAAAUGUGCUCACUUUAACUGUACGGGCGUGAGUCGUUUGGUUCUGGUGUUAACUCAGUCACCCUGGACUCAAUUAGUGCAGGUGGACUUGCUUCCAGCCGUGUGCUUCUCUCGAUUUCUUUUGUGUCUUUAGCACCCGCAAUCACUCGGUGCAUUCUCCACACUUCCACACGGUACUUGUCUCUAUACUUAUAUGUGUGUGGACUUAGCAGUUGGAAUAUUUGCAUGAAGUUCAGGACUGUUGGACACGAUUUGUCACCUCCAAAUGAGUGCACCUGUCCGAAGUGGUGCUGAAUAAUAUAGAAGACUUGCAAGUUCUACUGAACACCAGAUUAGCUUAAAAUCGAAGAAAUGGAACUGUGCUUAUGCCCUCACCUCCAAAUGACCCUGAUGGAGCUUAGCUGUCAGAAUAUGGUGGACAUCUUGGUCUAGCAGGUAUUGAAUGAUUUCACAUUCUGACAGCUGUGAUGCAAAAAGUUUCAAGCCCUUCUGGACUGUAUUUCUCUUAGUGAUGUCAAACAACUCGAAAAAUUGUUAGACGAUCUAGAAAUGACCAGAGCAAAGAAAGAGACGAUUAAUAGUUUUAGCCGGGAUAGCAGCUGCACUAAGCUGAAUAGCUUAAAAUUUCCAUGCAAUAAUAACUUGGAUGCUACAUUACUUGAAUUUCUUUUGAGCCAUGUCAAAUUCCCUGUGCAGGCAACUUGACAUUCAGUGCAUCCAAGAGUUGGUCGAGGAUAUUUGUGAAUGCCUCGGUGCCUUCAGAGUGUUCCAUGCCAGUUACCUUUGCUUACCUGUAUGUUCUAAUUCCAACUGAUGUUGAUCUGCUUUGAAAACUGUGAAAAAGCACAAUCCAGUGGAAAUUUGCUAGCAAACACAUAAUUCAUUGACAAAUGAACCAUACUUAUGUAGCGCGUCUCUCGCUCAUAUUAUGAAGGUUAUCAGGAGCAGCAUGUGCCCCUGUCAGCUUGGGCACAACUUGGACAAAUUUGUCUUGCUGCAUCUCGUAAUGUGUGACAUAGUGAUUAAAGUUGAUUUUAUGAUCACCUGCCUGGAAGAAAAAAAAAAACACAUUUAGUUUCUUAUGCACUUGAUGUAAGGGUCAUCAGAGAUGAAACAAAUCUUCUGUGACGGUUCCAAGGGGUCUGCAAUGUAGUGGCAUGUGGAGUCCCAACUUUCUAGAUAUUCCAAGCUAGCUACGCAUGGAGUGGUUAUUGCCAGCUCCAUCCCUGAUGAGGGUGAGCACCGAGGCACCAUUUUUGAUGAACUUCAACAACAGAACCGAUAACUAACUCUGAGAGCAUUUUUCAAGGUACUGUGCCUCUUUAGCAAAUGUUGCUGUAGACUGCACGCAGUUUUCAAAAAAGUGCAACAAACAUGAGUAUGAGCCCACAAUCACCGAGCAGGUCAAUGCUUGUGGUGCAUACAGCCCCGUAGUCAACAUACCCAUUCAUUUUGUAUGAAGUUUCUUCGAAUUAAAUUAGCUGCUUAAGUUUAAUCUCAUCCACAAGCAGCACACCACAUUUUCUUAGGUGACUAGUCAUUCAAAUUAUCCUUGAUACAUUUCAGCGCUACUUCAUUGUAGCCAUGUUUGCAUAGGAUCUCACUGAUUACAUUUAGUGCCCUCAAGUUUUUGUGGGAAGCUGCAAUAGUUACAUGUCUUAAAUCAAAGUUUAAGUAUUCGAACUUGAGAUUUGUAGCACCUCCAAGCUGAGAAUUUUCACUUCCAUUAAGGCUUUCUUGAAUGCCAACUGCUGCUUUAUGGGAGCAUGUGAGGAAUAUUAUCAAUUUGUGGUUCACUGAGUGAAUGCAGUUAUUCUUUCAUUGCAAGGACUUUUUGACUCUCCUUUUCUCUUUCCGGGGUGCCACAAAUUGCUUCGCACCUCAGUGACAAUGCCACCAUUAUUGUUGUGCACGAAGUCCUUUAAUACGUCCUAUUCUUUGAAGUGGAGGUCACCGACAACGAAAGAGCAUGAAAGCUAUCUUUAGAGUUGGAGGGAUCUCACAUUUCCCUUCUUGUAGGUGUGCACAACGACUGGGCAGCCAGAAAAAAAGAAUUUUUUCAGCCUUCUGCAAAUCAUAGCCACUUUUUGCAGCCAGGCAUAAAGAAGAGUGCCAUGUUCUCUUCUCACUGAAUUAGCAUAACAAAGCGUCAAUUUCCAAGGCAUAAACAAGCGCACAUGCAGAACCAUCGCUUUCGUCUCUUCGACCAGGCAGCGACGACGAUGACAACGAGCCGGGCUGUUCGGGCAAACAGUGUUGUGAGCACCACUGCAUGGCAGAAACCGAAAAGGCGACACACCGUGCAGCGUAGCUUUCAAAUUGAGAUUUUAAAAAACAUUGAUGCAAAGUGCAUUUGGCUCCAAAAGCGCUGAAGCCAAAUGGACACACCGUCACAUUUCGCUCAGUCAGCUCUGCCAGAACCAGGGCAGUGUGUUCUGGCUUGCACUGCUGGCGUGGGCACUGUGUGAACGCACAGCAUUCCUACUGAGUAGCUGUGUGCAUAGCACACCGUGCUUAAAUCUCAAGCUAAAUUUACGUAACCCUUUCUUUGGGCGCUGACCAACACUGACACUUUUCCUUCAGUCUCGUCUCAUGCGCCACCUGCAACACCGCUGGCACUCUCCUCAUCACGCCAGCAUGCUGAGGUGUUUUCAGCUCAGAGCCGAAGGAAUUGCCGAUGUCUUCAUUGUUCUUUAAAAUGUUGGAAUCAAAAUAGCAAAAUGUUGGAAUCAAAAUAGCUUGAAUUAUCUUUGUGAACUGCCCUGUUACAUGGACACAGAAGGAGUUGCAGGUGCAACAAAAGCCUCAAGAGUUGUACCCAUUGUGAAUAUACUGUGUUAAAAUGAAUUUCUCCAUUGACAUUAUCAUUAGAAAGUCAAAGCCGCGGGACUAUCACCAUUUUAUUUGUGUACCAUGUUGCUGUGUUGUUGAGCCUUGUUGACAAGUGAAUACAUCAUUUGAAUACAGUGAUACUAUACUGGUGAAUCCUCGUCCAGUCCUUGCUUGUUCAGUAAGAGUGAAAAAUGUGGUAUUUUAUGCACAAAAUGCUUCUUCGGCCCAUGGUAAGAAGAUUUACAGAGAAUGUCUUUAAUCUAGCAAAGCCUAUCCAAGAAAAGUAAUUUGGAAACAAUUUCAAGUCAUUUGGAUUCCAAUAACACUUCAAGUUCAUUGACAGUUAAUGCAAGUCAUUCAUUCGUUAUACCCCAAGCCAAAUAAUAAACCUCGAUUCUCCUGCAGCAGCCAAUUUCAAACCCAGGCCAAGCCAUCCAGAUGCAGCCGACUGGCUGACUUGCAAACCACCGAGAAAUUGCCAAUGUGCAUCUAGUAGUAUAUGUGUUGUAAAGCGUGCUCUAUGCAGCCUCGGAGCAUGUGCAAUUCUUGAAACCACAAUAAAAUAGGCUUAAACGUUGCCAAUA